AUGACGGUGGAGGAGCCAGUCAUCGAGCUGCGCAGUGGCGCGGGCACGGGAUCGGAGGGGACGACCUCCCCCAAGGUCUCCAGCAUCGGGUCUGGCAGGGAGGGCAAGCGCCCCGUCGAUCUUCCACAAGUGGUGGAUGCCGGUGCACCGGGUCUGGAUACCCAUCACUGGGCGGGGGUGAGGCGGGGACCCCGUGACGGAGACACGAGGUCGAUUGCCAGCAGCAUGGCAGCCGAGAAGGACGCGCUGUCGGUGUAUGACAAUCAAGAGUAUGAGCUCGACUCUGAGGCCCGUGACGAGGACACCAAGAUUGCACAGGCUGCCGAGGACGACCUGGGCCUUGGGCAGGGCGCCACCCUGCUGGCCACCGAGCCCAGCGUGAUGGAGGAGGAGCAGGUCGUGCUCUCCCCCGGGUCCUCCAUCUCGGGCCUUCCCGCCCGCGGCGAGGCGGAGGACGGCACGGAUGACGCGGCCAGCGUUGGCACUGGCCCCGCCAGCCCCCGUGGCGCCUCCAGACUCCGCGAGUCGGUGCUGCGCGCCGACGAGCCGGGCGGCGACCUGUCCGGCGAGGCGGCCGAGCUGGACGCUGAGCGCGCGGACACGCAGGCGCAAGCCGGCUCGCUGCAGGACGCGGAGGAGGUCCCUCCCCCGGAGGCGGGCGCGGAGGAGUUCAACCCCGCCUGGGAGGAGACCUUCCGCGGCCUGGUGUACGCCGACGGCGUGGACUCGCUGGGCCGCCCCGUGGUGGUGCUGGACGCAGACCGCGUGCCGGCGGGCAUGAAGUCCUCGGCCGCACGCUAUGUCACCGCACACCUCGCGCGACUGGUGGAGGGAGGGGACUACGUGCUGGUGCUGACCGCGCGCCGCGCGACGCUGCCCAGCAUGUGGAUCAUGGGCGCCUACACCACGCUGCCGCGCCCCUUCCGCAAGAACGUCAAGGUCAUCGUGCUGGUCCGCCCCGCGGGCUUCCUCCGCGCCGUUCUGGCCCUGCUCCGGCCCCUGCUGUCGGCCAAGGCGGCGCGCAAGCUGCGCCAGGUGGCCUCCCUGGCCCAGAUCGGGGAGGCCACCGGGGGGGAGGUGGGUGUCGAGCACCUGGGCGCCGCCUUCCUGGCCAGCGAGGCCGCGCGGGAGGAGCUGGGGGAGCUGGCCGCUGCCGCGCGGGGCGAGGCGUGA